CCCUUACUUUCGGUUUAAAAAGAUAUAGGUAUCAAGCGUAAACGGUUAUCAAAAGUGUACGCCUUAAUAUUUCGCUGAUAAAACGAGAAUUUUAAGAAAACUAGUUUUAAUAUACUUCCUGGAUUAAUUGGUAUAAUCGAAUCCAUAUAGCAGUUUUUACCAAAUGGAGAUAGAUAUGUUUCUGUAAGAAAAGGAACGACAUGCACAACAGAUUGAAAUGGGGUGCCCAGAGUCAAAGACAAAUUAUCAGACGAAUCCUCAAGAGGAAAGAUGUGAUAACACCAAGUCACCGCCAUCACAAGAAAUCGCAGUAGAAAACACGGAUGGAAAAAGCGAACACUUAAGUGGCAAAACUGAGAGCAAAAAGAAUUCAGACGAAAAAAAGAAAAAGAAAAAGGAAAAGGGACAGAAGGGCAAAACAUGUGAACAGGUGUCAGAUGUAGAAGCAAAGUGGGCGGUGCCGGAAGAAAGGGAUGGAAAAAGCGAACACUUAGGUGGCAAAACUGAGAGCAAAAAGAAUUCAGAGGAAAAAAAGAAAAAGGAAAAGGGACAGAAGGGCAAAACAUGUGAACAGGUAUCAGAUGUAGAAGCAAAGUGGGCGGUGCCGGAAGAAAGGGAUGGAAAAAGUGAAAACUUAGGUGGCAAAACUGAGAGCAAAAUGAAUACAGACGACAAAAAGAAAAAGAAAAAGGAAAAGGGACAGAAGGGCGAAACAUGUGAACAGGUAUCAGGUGGAGAAGCAAAGCGGACGGUGCCGGAAGAAAGCAGAAAUAACAUGUCAUCAAUGCAAUCAGAGCCAACAAAACCAAUGACAGAAGUAUCGACAGCAAACUCGAAUGAUCCGACGAAAAAACAUGACGAGAAGAAAAGCAAGCAAGGAAAUAACAUGGCAUUAACGCAAUCAGAGAGAACAAAAUCAAUGAAAGAAAUGCCGGCAGCAAACUCGAACGAUCUGACGAAAACACAUGAGGAAAAGAAAAACAAGCAAGUUCCGGGAAAUAGCAAUGUGAGUGUGAUACAUAUUGUGUCACAACCAGGACCAGUUAUACCACCGGAAGUAAAAACACCUACUGUCACAUCUGACGAACAAGUUACACAAGUAGAAAAAGAAAACCAUGACGAGAAUCAAAAUGAACGAAAUAGUCAAGGAAAUACUACCCUUGAUGUUGAUAAACAAACCGUUGGACAGUCAGGAGAGAUUAUGCCGGCUGAGUCAGCUCCAGAGAAACAAGACAUACAGUUUGAAAGAAAGGAAAAGGAAACUAUGACAGGAUACGUAGAGAAGUUGGAAAGUCUAAUAAGCAGUACAAGUGAACCGAUAAGGCCUGAUAGAAAAUUAGAAAAGGAAAACAAAGAGUUAAAGAAAGAAGUUCAAGAAAAAGACGGGAUGUUAGCAAAGCUAAAGAAAGACAUGGAGGAGAAAAAAAAUGAACGCAUAACCAUAAAAGACAGCGAGGAGUUGGCUAAAUUAAAACAACAACUUAAGGAUAUGACAACUGAAAAAGAGAAUAUACAAAUCAAAAUGAAGGAAAUGGAGAAGGAGAAAGAUGCUGUUGUUGCUAGAAAAGUAAAAGAGAUACGGAACUUGGAAAAGGAGAAGGACGAACUUCUUUGUCGGUUAAGUGAAAUGGCAGGUAGGCGACUUACUGACAAUAACCCAAACAUAGCAGAUCUGAGUGAUUUAAACAGACCAACAAAACUGGCAGAAAAAUACGCCGAGUUGUAUGACAAUGAUUGGACAGAUGCAUAUUCAUAUCUGGAAACUUUAGAUGCGUAUAAAGGUUCAGAAGAGACAAUGAUAGCUUCAUUAAUGAAAAUGCUUACAACAGCAUACAAAAUGUCAUUGGAAACUGCAGAAAGCCAGUUAGAGGCAUUGCAUCAUAUUCUCAGCGAUUUCCGUGGGUCUAUACCACAUCCAGAUCAACAAGUAAAAGAUGUUAUAAAGCAAUUGAAAGAUCAAAGAAAACGAGCCGUCCAGCCUAGCAAAGAUUUGACAGAGAAAUACCGAAAGAAAAUUGAAAAGGCGUUUCCUAAACUUGGUUCGUCAAUUCUUGAAUCUGAAGCGUUGAAGCUCUACCUUCAAAAAUGUUUAGAAUUGUGUUGGUUGAUGGCAAUUCAAGACCCUCCGGUUCAUUUGAAAUGUGAUGUUUGCAAAUCAGGUGAUCCGUUUGAUAAAAAUAUGUAUAAAGAGUAUACACAAGCUGGUCUGUCUAUAAAAUAUGCUGUCUGGCCUGCAGUGUUCUUGGAGAAGAACGGUGCUCUCCUAUGUAAAGGUGUUGUUCAAUGUGCCAAGCAGCGCUCCAGAUCCUUUCGUUCAACGCAGGAGAAAAAUGUCAUUCAAGUGCCAACGAAAUCAGCUUCCGUACGUGUAACUGGAACUCAGGCGCUUACCAUAGUUCAUAGUGAUAAAGUCGCCAGGGAAACGAUCGUCGUAACGGAAGAUGGCCAUUCAGAAAAACGAAACUCACAAACAGCAACAGAUGUUGACAGCACAGAUUUACGGAUACAAGAUAGUGAAACUAGAAUUACACAAUUAUAAAACAGCAAAUUACGAAAUGUACAUUGAAAUGUACAUUAAUUGUAAAUCUGAAAAAUAUUUCAUAUCCUGACAAUAUAUGAACAAAAUAUAUACAUGAUAUAAUGAGAGAUGAAAUCAUUCAGCAAAGCAGACAAAACACACACUCACACGCAGGGUGCAAUACCGUUUUAUACGAUACAUUUCAUAUAAUUAUGUUUCUUAUGAAAUUACAGCCUUUAUCAAAAUAUUUAAUAUCAAUUUUGAUGACAGCACUGGAAGAGUCUAUGUCAAUUUAUUUUGCAAAUAUUCACUAUUGUAUAAAUAUAAGGCAUGUAUUCUUUAUAAUAACGAUAAUUUUACUGUUUGUCCGCUUGUAUUCCUUGGGACGUUCUAUAGUGCGUUCAACUGGAAACAAUCUAGGGUGAUAAAUUAUACGCUAGUGGACUAAUCCUUUUAAGGCGGCAAUAAUGACUUCAGUAGACUAAACAAUGUAAACCGCGCAAGGCAGCUUUUUAUCUUGAAAUGAAUUCGAAUAUGAAAUUUACAUAAACUUGUUUCGGUACAUCAUUGUGUCAAUAUAUACAGAAUGUAGGUAUAUAACAAUUAAUGAUAGAUAAUGGAUAUUUUUGCAAAACAACAUUUAUGACGCGAUUCAAACUAUUUGCUUUUAUUAUCUUAUUAGAUUAGUGAUGUCACGGAAUCGUAUAUAUUCUUUAUCGUGACGUGUCAGAAAUAUGUAAUCAGAUAUUUUAGCACAAAUAUGCAUUUUUAUAUAUAUUUCUAAUUAUUAUAGAAAAUGUUAUCAACCUGUAUUUCACUAUGUAAGCUUGAAUCCUUUAAUGCUCAAGUACACUUAAUUAUCAUUGCAACACUGGAUUUAGACGAUGAAUAGACUCCUUGUCUCUUAUCAUAUUAGUUCAUGUUUCAAAAAUAAUCUGAAUUAUGUACCUACGUAUUUACGGAUGAGAUGUAUCACUUGCACACAAACAUAAGGAAAACAUUCCAAAGGAAUGAGAUCGUAUUGUGUUGUACGCAGAUACCCUGUAGCAGAGUUAUUCAAAAUGUUUACUGUUAUACUGUAAUUUUGCAAUCUGGAAGCCUGUGUCGUAUAUCAUCUUUCAAAAAGGUCUACAUUUCGGAUUAAAAUUAGAUAUGUUUAGCCCACUAGCAGAGCUUGUCCUCUUUCCAGCAACAGCUUUCUCAACAUAGUUUACCAUGUGAAAUUAUGUCGGAUUUAACUUUAUAGAAUAAAUCAUCUGUAUGUUGACAAAUUAUGUCCCAGAAGGUAUUUCAUGUUUUUCAACUAUUUCUUGUCAUAUUUAGAUAUAUUUUUACCGGCCAUGUUCCAGCCAACAACAUUCCUGUUCCAACGAUGUAUUAUACUGCAAUGUGACUUCUGCCGUUUUUCCAUUUACCGUUUUUGGUCACAUUGUGUCCAAAAUUCAAAAUAAGGCAUUUUAUGUAUUUAAACAGCUCUGUUCAUGGGUAGAAACAGAUGGAAAAUACAGUUCGAUUAAGUAUUUUGCUUCACGUGCGACUUGUAAGUGUUUAAGCAUGUUUUCUAUGUUCCAGUGAUACAUGUCUAAAUGGUCACAUUGUGUCAUGGUCACAAUGUGUUUAAAUGUGGUCAAUCACAUUUGAGCAAUAUUUAAUGACAUUUUACAGUUUUCAUAUAUUCUGCUAGAGAUUUAUUUAAGGAACAAAAGAACCCAUUACAUAAAGUUAGAUUCCUACUCGAAAUGUAUAUUUCAUUACUUUUCAUGAAAUUUUG